UCAAAUGAUUUCUUUUAUUUAUUUUCUUUUAUUUUAUCAUUUUUGAUGCCAAAUCAAUAAGAGAUGGACAUCGCUCAACAUGUUAAUAAUAUUCUUGAAAAAAUGGUCAUAUCCAAUUCACCUCAAACAGAAUUGACCAACAUCGAGUAUAUUAAUAAAAUCUUUCCAAAUGAGCAAUCAUUAUCCAACAUCGAUGAAGUACUCAAAAUUCUAAAGGAUAAAAUUGGUGUUUUAGAUAAAGAAAUUCGUGAGGCAAUAUGUUCGCAGAAAACUGUCGAAGAAAAUGGACGAAAAACUUUAGAAAAUGCUAGAGGGUUGAUAAUCAAUCUUUCUACUGUAAUACAUGAGAUUAAAAAUCAGGCAAAACAGUCAGAAAAAAUUGUGGAUGAAAUUACGUGCAAUAUUAAACAAUUGGAUAAUGCCAAAAGAAAUCUUACGCUGUCUAUAAUCAUGUUAAAUAAUUUACAUAUACUUGUACAAGGUACAUUUAUUUUAAAAGAGACGGCUAAAAAACGACAAUAUGGCACAGCAUCGAAAACCCUUCAGGGAAUCUUGGACGUAUUGAAACAAUUUGAUCGUUUUAAACACAUUCCUCACAUAUCAAAAUUAACUUCAGAUAUUGAUGAAACAUGCAAUCAAUUAGGUGAACAAAUCCUUGGCGAUUUUCGUGAAACAUUUGAAUCAAAAAAUAUGACCAAAUCACUUUCACAAAAUCAAAUUCAAUUAUUGGCCGAAGGUUGUUUAGUGUUGUCAAUUUUAGAACCAAAAUACAAACGACAAUUGAUUACAUGGCUAGUCGAUCUUGAAUUAGUCGAGUAUAAAGCUUUGUUCCAAGAUAAUCAAGAUAUUGCUUGGUUGGAUAAAAUUGAUACACGUUUUUCAUGGCUAAAAAAACAUCUUAUUGUUUUUGAAGACAAGAUUGGAUUUUUAUUUCCACCGAAUUGGGAAAUUAGUGAAUGUAUUGCAGUGGAAUUUUGCAAAAUUACCCGACAAGAUUUGAUUCAGGUGAUGAAUAAUCGUUUCAUCGAACUCGAUGUGAAUAUUCUGCUUCCAGCUAUUUCGAAGGCUACAGCUUUUGAAAAAUUGUUGCAUCAACGAUUCUCCGGUGCUACAAUUCGGCAGGAAAAAGCUAGUUUUCAAUCUAAAAAUGUUUUUUCUGGUUUAAUCACUAAUUGUUUUGAAAAUUACCUCAAUAUUUAUGUUGAUGCUCAAGAUAAAAAUUUUGACAAACUGGUUAAUCAAUUUGUUGAAGAGCAAACAAAACAAUCAAUGAAUAAUCAAGAAUCUACAAAAGCAGAAAUAUUUUCUUCUAGUGGAAAACUAUUCACGCAAUAUAAAAAUUGUCUUAUUCAAUGUAUUUCAUUAAGUAAUCGUUUACCAUUGGUAUUAUUGUCCAAUACAUUCCAGAAAUACCUACGUGAAUACGCUCAUAAGAUUUUGCAAAAUACGAUACCACGUGUCGGAUCGAACGUUUCAUUGGCAUCAUCACUUUCAAAUACGAUAUCCAAUACCAGCGCUUCUGGGGUUUUUUCUGCCGCAUCAUCAGCUGCUGGAUUGAUUCAAAUAUUUUUGAAAGAUCUGGACAAUAAAUCCUACACAAAUCCAGAAAUCAAACAAAUUUGUUCCAUCAUUUUAACAUCAAAUUAUUGCCUGGAAACCACACAACAGUUGGAGAAAAAAAUACAGGAAAAAAUUGACCCAUCAUUGAUUGAAAAGAUCAACAUGAAUGUAGAAUGUGACAUAUUUCAUGGUAUAACAUCAAAUUGUCUACAAUUGCUGUCACAUUCGGUUGAGAAUAGCUGUGAACAAGCAUUGAAUACAAUGAUCAAAACACAAUGGGCAAAUAUGGGCACACCAAUUGGCCAUAGUCAGUAUGUUUCAUCAUUGAUAUUGACAUGCCAUCAAUCAUUUCCUUUGAUCAGAGAAAAUCUAUCCGAUGUUCCUAAUUAUUAUCAUCAAUUUUGUCAAAAAUUUGUCGAAGCUUUCAUAUCGAAAUUCAUCUCGAAUAUAUUCAAAUGUAAACCACUUAGCCAAGGAGCUGCUGAACAAUUGUUGCUCGAUGCACAUACAAUGAAAAAGAUUCUGCUUGAAUUGCCUGAAUAUAAAUUUAUCAAUGUCGGUCAUAAUAGUAUUCCAUCGUCAUAUACCAAUACGGUGAUUACCGGCAUGACUAAAGCCGAAAUGAUUUUAAAGAUUUUAUUAGUACCUGCAUCACCAGCCGAAAUGUUUGUCGAAAAUUAUUUUAAAUUGUUUCAAGAAAAAGAUAUGAAUGAAUUUCAAAAAAUAAUUGAAAUGAAAGGUAUAAGAAAAUCGGAAAGUUUAACACUAAUUGAAUUGUUCAAAAAAAAGAUGAUCCAUAAUUAUGAAAACAAGAAUUUAGAUUAUAAAACAGAAAUUCAAAUUUCGGAAUCAGAACCUAAUGAAUCUGGAUCAAUUUCUUCGAUUCAUUCGAAUCGAAUAAAAAAAUUGGAAAAAUUAAUAAAAAACCGUCUAUAAAUGAUUUAAAACUUUAACA